AUGGAGUCUGAGCUCGCUCCCAAGUUCGCCCCCUUCAUCGGGAUGGCCGGCAUCGCGGCAGCCAUGACCUUCGGAUCUAUUGGCGCUGCGUACGGCACAGCAAAGUCCGGUAUUGGCAUUGCCGGCAUUGGAACCUUUCGCCCUGACCUCAUCAUGAAGGCUUUCAUCAUGUCGGGUAUCAUCGCCGUCUACUCCCUCGUCAUAUCAGUCCUCAUCGCCCAGGACCUCCAACCUCCUUCGGCCAACAACCAAGCCUACACCUUAUUCGCUGCUUUCAUGCAUCUUGCGUGCGGUCUGGCCGUCGGCUUGACUGGCCUGGCUGCAGGCUACUGUAUCGGAAUUGUUGGUGACAACGGCGUACGCGCAUACAUGGAGCAGUCAAGAAUCUUUGUUGGCAUGGUUCUCAUUCUGAUUUUCGGAGAGGUCCUCGGUCUGUACGGCCUGAUUGUCGCUCUGCUGCUCAACGCUCGAAGCAAGGGUUGA